AUGGUGAAAGCAUGCUCAUUUUCACUGAACAACUUUUUACUGGCUGAGAAUCAAGCUAAGGUCGAUCCAUUACCAUCAGCGACAACAACCAAACUGUUACAAGAUACUGGAAUUAGUGACUACCUUCAAGUAACUGCAUGUGAUCACUCUGUCUCACCUUUUACCACAGCUAAUGGCAGACUGAAUGAUGAAUGUGGUAAACUUGGAGACUCCAUUACUCUACCAGCAGACGUAUCAUUAAACAUCCAAUCAGAUUGUACAUCAGUUACUAUGUGUUCUGACAUUGGGUAUAUUGAUAAGAAAAUCCAGUCUACAGUGAAACUGGAUCCCUGUUUUGAAUUGUCAACCUGGUUAACUAGUAACAGUUAUACCAACUCAAAUCCCCUGUCAGAUCUUGUCAUCAUUGAACUUGAAAGAUUCCUACAGUUAGAUGAAUUUAUACAGCCUAGCCACUGUGUGGCAUCUUCGGCACCGUAUACACCCGUCAACUCUGAAGGCUGGGCUAUUAGUUCAGGAUGUCAGAAUGCUCCAACACUCACUACAUUGCCUGGUUCUGGUAUUGUAUGUAACCUUGGUGACAGCUGCACUAAAAUUGAUUGCUGUGUUGACAUUGCCAAGUUAGAUACAACCUUCAGAGUUUAUGCUGACCUUGAUGUGUGUAGUAAGGAAUUCACAGUUGGUGUAGAGAAAUUCAAUAGAACUAUAUCCCUGUAUAGUUUCCAGUAUGCACAAGAAGAUACUUUCUCCUUCGGAGGACUUGUUAAUAUUAAAUACAAAGUAGUGAACUACCAGAGUGAGAGAGUGUUUGUAGUUAACAUGGACAUUGAAGUAUGUUAUUCUGCUGCUGGACCAUGUGCAGUACAACGCACAGUAUUGACUGAUGUAAAGUUACCCAAAUCUUCAUGUAACUACAGCCAGCCAUAUGCCAUUCCUGAUUUCUCAUUGGUGUCUUACAUGAGUGAGUUGGAUGUUAAUACCAAUGCCAAUAAGUUACCUAGUUGGGCUGUUGACUUACUGAUGGAAGAAUUAGGAAUAGCAGGUUUCCAGGAAGAUCCUCAGUGUGAAUUAUCAAGCUAUUCUGGAGCUCAAUCUAAUGGAUGGGAUACAACAGCUUGUGGAGAACUUAUAACCCUACCACAGUUACCAGCCUAUACACGGUGUAGGUUACCAAGUUACUGUACUGGUGCCCAGUGCUGUUCUAACAUUGGUUAUCUUGGGAGAAAGUUGGAAGUCUUUGUCUUUGUGGAUCCAUGUAGUUACUCUGUCAGUAUUGGACUGGAGAAAAGAAAUAUCAAUGUUACAUUACUGGAAUUUACACAAGGCAGUUGGCAGACAGUCACUUUAGGCAAUCUACUCAGACUACAAUACAAAGCAGAGGAGUUGACAGCUGAGAAAGUUUACUUGUUGUACAUGACGAUCAGCAUAUGUUUUGAAACUGUUGGAGAUUGCCGUUAUUCUUACACUGUAUUUAAUGGUGUAAAGAUUCCCAAACAACCAUGUGACUGGUCAAGAGGAUAUGCUAUUCCAGGUCUAUAUAAAAAUGUGUAG